ACGGUUCUAGGAACCUUUCUUUUUGUUCCGGCCUCACUGGAGCAAUCAUGGCGGCCGAGGGAGACGUUGAUCUGGACCUGGAAGCGGAGGAGAACUGCACGGGAAAACCGGCAGAGAAGCCUCGGAAACAUGACAGCGGGGCCGCCGACCUGGAGAGAGUCACGGACUACGCGGAGGAGAAAGAAAUCUCCAGCUCCGACCUGGAAACGGCUAUGUCAGUGAUUGGAGACAGAAGGUCACGAGAACAGAAAGCCAAACAAGAGAGAGAAAAAGAGUUGGCCAAAGUCACCAUCAAGAAGGAGGACGUGGAACUAAUUAUGUCAGAGAUGGAGAUUUCGAGAGCGGUGGCGGAGCGCAGUCUGAGGGAACACAUGGGGAACGUGGUGGAGGCUCUGGUGGCUCUGACCAAUUGAACAAACAUUUACACACUGGACUGCUUCAAUUAGGUUGUUUUGUUUUUUUAACCAGAGUUCAUCACGAUGACGAGGCUGAACUGAACUCAGUGGUCAAACUGGUUCAAUAUUUACCCUGAAUUAUUUUUUUUCUUUUAUAAAAUAAAAGUUGACCUGCC